AUGACGAACGAUGACAGCGAUAAGCUAAUUCAUCCCAUGACGGCGGUUCCCGACGCCAUCCGCAUCGUACUGACCGAGUGCGCCCGCGUGCUCCUGCAAAAAUCGGAUUUUGCUCCACCAGUUUUGUCGAUUGAUGCCCAUGUCGAUGGUGGGUCCUUGCUAGGUCAGGUACUUGCCGAGCCAGUUGGCAUGUCUGAACCAGGGUAUCCGCCCUACCGAGCAAGCAUUAUGGACGGAUUUGCCAUUCGAACGACCGAUCGGUUUCCAUCGACUUUUCCAAAUGGAUCUUCCCCGCCGACAACGAAGCAAUGGACCCAUACAAUUGCUGGAAAAGUGUUCGCUGGUAAUACUUCCCAAACAAAAGAUGACACCGGUACCUCACAGACAGUGGACGCGUGUCAGUUACCCACAGCAUACUACCUCACCACAGGAGCCGUCGUUCCUAAUGACUUUGACUGCGUGGUUCCUGUCGAAAAAUGCACCGUCAACAACAAGACAAAUCCGACUUUUGUGAAUAUACAGGCAGUUCCGGCCGACAUCCAAUCAGGUAAAUGGAUCCGCGAUGUAGGUUGCGAUAUACCAGCCGGUAUGGAAAUGUUGCCACGGGGUCACGUUCUGGAUGCCGUCUCCCUGGGUUUGAUACGGCAAUCUGGUUGUGAGCGCGUAAGUAUUCGGCGUCGACCAGUCGUGGGCGUCCUUUCUACGGGCAAUGAGCUACUAGGUGACAAUGUACGCGGGGAACAAUCUCGGCACGGUAUGAUUCCGGAUGUGAAUCGACCCGUUCUGCUUGCCACGUUGAAAUCUAUGGCAAACUGUACGACUGUGGAUUUGGGGUUGGCUCGAGACGAUAGCGUCGACGAUAUGGCAUCCCACCUUCAGUCUGCAUUGGAGCGCUGUGAUGUAGUGAUUACAACUGGCGGAAUUUCCAUGGGAGAAACGGACAUUAUUGAAGAAGUACUAGUGGAACGACUCCAGGGUAAAGUACACUUUGGUCGACUCCUCAUGAAACCUGGUAAGCCCACAACCUUUGCUACGGUUGUGACUGCACCGUCCUCUGGGACCAAGCUAAUCUUCGCCAUGCCAGGAAAUCCUCCGUGCCUCGACUUGCUCCAUCACGGACCGGAUAGUACAGCCGAUACUUACGGAGAGAGUGUGGAAGAACAAAUACACCGCGUUGUGUUGAAUGCCGCAGUCCAUCCAGAAGUUCAGGCAAUUCUCAGUCAGGACAUCAGACUGGAUCAUGAACGACCCGAAUAUCAUCGCGUUCAACUGCGAGAACAAAUGCCGGGAGGAAGCGUUUUCGCGUUUAGCACGGGGGUCCAACAGUCUUCCCGACUCAUGAGUAUGCUUGGCGCCGAUGCCCUUCUCAUUUUACCGCAAGGAACGACGUCCAAAUCAACUGCCAAAAAAGGUGAAACGUACACGGCACUCCUACUUCGUCAUCGCAGUCGCUACCCACAAAAACUCGUGACCGAGGCUCAGCACUUGAAUCCAAUCUCUUCAACGGGAAACAAUAUCCGGAUCGGCGUUGUCUUUGCCGCCCCAAGUGUGCAGUUGUUACUCACCCCUACGCUAGAAGAGAUCACCGAGUCGGUCCAAGCUGCAAUGGCUGGAUCCAAAAAGAGCCACAGCAUAGAAAUAUCCUCCACACAACUGUACACAGGCAGCGCAACCAAAAUUGAGAAUUUUCUUAACUCCAUACCGCUGGAUGUCGAUAUUCUCAUCAUUACUUAUUCAAAACGACAAUUUCGGUAUCAGCUGGCCUUGGCCAAUUCGCUGCGCCAUGCGCUGAUCAAACGUGCCGACUGGAUAGCGUUGCAGGCUCGUCAAGGUUGUGCCGCAUACGAUCCUACCACUGCCGCUUCUGAAAUGGUGGUCGGUUUUUGGGAACGAACGAAAGAAACCUCCUUAUCCGAUGCGAUAGUGGUAUGUUUGCCGGCCGAAGGGGUCGGAGGAUUGUCCCAUGUGCGGGGGGUUCUGCGACAUGCGCUCCGCGUGGCACGCGGGGCCGGUCACUCUGAUGAAGGCUAUCCUCGGAAGGAAAGCUAG